UAUGUGAAGUUCUGUUAUAAAACAUGAACUGUCUUUUUUUCUAAAAAUAAACGUUCGAAGCGCGAAAGUCAGAGACCGCCGUCGUUAACCCUAACGUCGAUGCCAAGUUAAUCAAUUUUCUACCUUUUCCCACAUUUCUAUUUCUCCUCUGUCGUUUGUGAUAAUACCCAAACAGAUUCAGAACCCUAAAAACUUUCUCCGAUCAGAUAUGGAUUCUCGAGGUUCUUCAGAUCAAGACGACGAACACAUAGUCCAAGUCAGACAAGCUCUGAUGUGUCCCGACGGAGGUAGAUUCGAAGGUCUUCGAACGGCACGGUUCUUGAACUACACAACAACCUCAAUAGACGACGACGUUUUCGAGCUCUCCCUCGACGCCUUCGCGACGACGUCACAUCCAGAGAAACUCUCCUUCUCCGGAUGGGGCUCUCCCUCGGUGAACUGGAUCGAGUGGGUGAACGCCAUGGCGGAGUCCAACGCCUUGGCGUGGCGUAAAUCCGGAGUCCACGACGCCAUCAUGGCGUCGCGCUACCAGAUAGCGAAGCGAGACGAUCUGAUGACGGCGCUGGUGGAGAAAUGGUGCGUCGAGACUAACUCGUUCGUGUUCCCCUGGGGAGAAGCGACGGUGACGCUGGAGGAUAUGAUCGUUCUCGGCGGGUUCUCGGCUAUAGGGAACAACGUUUUGGCUUCGGCGAGACGAGAGUCGAUGAAGUCGGUUGAGGAGAAGCUGAAGAGAGCGAAACGCGAGAUCGAGGCGAGUUCGAUGAUGAAGAGGUGUUGCGUUGGUUUGUGGAUGAAGGAGAUGAUGAACUCAGGGAAUGAGAUUGAGCAUGAGGCUUUUAUGGUUACGUGGCUUUCACGUUUCGUGUUUCCUAAUUCAGGUGAUCUCGUGAGGGAGAAGCUCUUUGCAGCUGCGGUUCAGCUCGCUAGAGGUGUUAGGCUUGCCUUGGCUCCCGCGGUUCUUGCCGGGAUAUACAGCAGUCUUGGAGUUUUGAAGAAGCAGCUUUUUAGUGGUGGGUUAGCUGAGGAAGAGACCGUAGUCACUGCUACGUCGCCGUUUCAGUUUGUGCAAGUGUGGGCUUGGGAGAGGAUCAUGGACCUGCGUCCACCUGGCCUGCCUAGCCAACUAAAGCCUCACGAGCCAAGAAUGGCGCUAUGGCACCAGCACGGUGGUGGUGGUCAAGAGUCAACAAACCAGAGCCACGAGAGUAUCCGAACCGUUCUUGAUUCCGCUAAAGAGAGUUUCCGUUACCGUCCGUACACAAAGCCUUUGAAGAACUUCAAGUUCCCCAAGUUCUACUUGGAAGAUGACUGUUGGGUGUCAUUGGAGGAUGAAGACAUUGUAGCGUUUGGUCGGUGUCUGAGAUGCUCUAAGCUGGUGGGUUUGAACUGCAUCGAGCCUUAUUAUCCUCACCGUGUGGCGUUGCAGUUUGGUUACGAUCAGGAUGUUCCUGGAGUAGUCCCGGUGGUGCUGACUACCGAGUCGCCGGAGCUGGCUUGGAAGGAUUAUAUAAGACCGAUCACAGAUGAAAUGAUUUACAUUCCGUCUAGGCUCCGGCAAGCUGAUGUUACGGUUAAGUAUAUACGGUGGUGGAAACAGUCUGUUACUACUCUACAGGCCAUAGCUAAGAGAAGUACACAUAAGGUUCUGAAAGAGAAAACCACAGAGACAACAACAACAACAAUGGUUAAGUCUUCUCCUCCAAGAACCUCUAGAAUAGUAGGAUCAAAAGCAGAGCCUUUAAAGACAGUGAGUGAUAAAAGCAAUGUAAGCAGCUCUGCGAGGAGUCUCACAGGUUCAGAGAAAGAUAAGCAAUCAAAGCCUUUAAAGAAGACUGAAUUGGUCAAGAAACCUUUGCCUAAGUUGACAAAGAGUCCAGGAAGAUCAUUGGAUGGAGUCAAAGAACGUAAAGGAGGACCGAGGAGCUCGCAGGAGAUAAAGGAUCAUAGCCAUGUAAAGUUUCUAUCUCCCGGUUUGCCUGGUAGCUCACCUAAGACUCAGCAGCCACUCACUCAAAAGCAAAACUCUAAAAGUUCUGAUGUAAUUAGACCAAAAGCAUUACCUGUUAAGUCACCAAGACCACAAACUUCAAAAGGACCAAAGGAUUCAUCAUCUUCUUCUGUUUCUCCUUUAACAAGAAAAAAGCCAUCCCCAAAAGCUAUUACUUCGCAUCUGAGUUCAGUAUCUAAAGCCACACCUGCUCUUAAGAAGAGAAAUGUUGCUGAUCAACGAAUCAAAGCUCAUACCAAACAACAAACUUCAACAGAAGCUCGACUCGGCAGCAGAGGAGGAGACGAAACGAUGAUGAAUACGUUGAAGGCUAUGAGUGAGAUAAUGAAAUUGGAGGAACACGUAGGCGAAGGAGGUGAAGUGAUGUAUCAGAUACCAAAACUACAGUUCGAAGUUCUGAGCCAAGGAGUGCAAGACGUUCUACACGAGUUACAGUCUAUUAAAUCCGCACUGAACAUCGAUAAAUCAUCAUCAAUCUAAGAGUUUUAUUUAUCCAACAACAUGAUUGAUAUCCAUAUUAUUUUAGAUCUGACCUUUUUAAUUGUUAUUACCUCAUUGAUCAUAACCAAAAUGGUCUAAACACCAUCCUCUUCUAUGUUCUUUAACACAACAUAAAACUUACUAUUGAGAGUAGUGCAGUGUUAUGAGGAGGAACACGGCCGUGU